CACAGUGUGCUUUUGCAUUCGCAUGCAUCACCAUCCAGGCUAUUCGAUCGAAAAAUGUGUCUUCCGCUAUAUUUAAGUGCGACUGCACGCACUGUUUUUACAAGCUUUCGCCUAUAGGAGGUAGAAGGUUUGACCGUGAAGUCGCGUGAGCUUAAUUUGCAACGAUAACUUGGAAAAUUCCAUGGAACCGUGAAUCAACUGAACGGAAACCGCAUCGAGUUAAUUCCCUGGCCGCAGAUGGUCAUCGUGGCUCACUCUUCCGAUUUCCAUUGAUUGUAUUUAUAGUGUCCUCCAGUUUAUUUUUGCAUGCGGCUCCUUUGAGAAAAAGAUGCGCCUAUCCGCUGGCUGACAGCGUUUCUCGCGUCAUUCGUGAUCCUGUGUCUCAUUCGUUGUUGUCGUCUUCGUCGUCGUCGUCGUCGUCGUCGUCACUGACUUAACGACGAACGCGAUUUUUUUAUGGGGGAAUCAUUUGACGCGUUAUAGCACAAUAAAAGUGAUCCGAACAAAUACAUUAUUAGAUCCUACUAUGGAGAUGUUAUUCUUAGCGUGAAAACGUUGUAACGUUAGAACGACGGAAGACCGUUUCUACCUGUGCUAGAUUCUUUUUACAAUUCUAUUUUGAACCUUCACAUGUCGCCGGGUAUUGUUAACCUAUAAUUCGUUGAAAAAUGUGGUGGUUUGUCUUCUUGUACGGUGAAGGACGUGGAUCUGCCUAGCAAAAGUCUGCCUGAUAUUCAAGCAAAAUACACAUAUUAAAGCAUUGAAUACUGAAAUGGAGUCUGCUAUAGCUGGACGUAGGCGGACAACCGCACGACAUUCAGCAGAGGAUCAGGCUCUCGAUCAGAUAGCCAAGGAGGCAGAAGCUAGAUUAGCUGCUAGAAGACAGGCAAGAGCGGAAGCUAGAGAAAUACGAAUGCGGGAGUUAGAAAGACAACAGAAAGAGGCAGAGGAAAAUGCAGAUAGGGUGUAUGACAUGUGUUCAGCUGAUGUGAAUAGAACAAUGAGAGUAACACCUGAUUCUGUGAGGUCGUCGCGUCUCCUCACGAAUUCUAACAAUUUCCAAUCCAGUCGAAGAUCUUCCGAAGAUUCACUGGAAGAUGCUGGCCUAAGCAGAGACCUCAGGUUAGAAUUGAAAGAAUUUGAAGAAAAAUUUAGAAAGGCGAUGAUAGCCAAUGCUCAGUUAGACAAUGAAAAAUCUUCGUAUGCUUAUCAAGUCGAUCUAUUGAAAGACAAAUUGGAGGAACUAGAGGAGACGGUUGCACAACUUCGUAGGGAACUUAGAGAAAAGAAUCGCGAAUCUGAGCAGUUAAAAAGACUCAGUCAAACAUUGAAAGACGAGUUAGAUGUAUGCCAUGCACAAUUAAUAGAAAGAGAUGCGCUUAUACAAGAAAACGGUUUAGUUAUUGUCGACGAUGAAGGAAGUGAAAACGAAGAUAAUGAAAUUGAGAACGGCCCGCGUCCAAGACGAAGAGUACUAGUCAGUACAGAAGCAGCAGAAUUAUUGCAAAACGCUGGAAAGGGUUCACUAGAUGUCCGGCUGAGAAAAUUUGCUUCUGAAAAAAAAGAAUUGCAAGAUGAGAUACGACAUCUUAGAUUGGAACUAGAGGAGACAAGAAAUCGUAUUAGGUCCGAAAGAUCGCCUGGUUCAGUAUUAGGUUGCUUAUCAGACUCCGAAGAUGUGCAACGUGAAGCAAACAAGCUUUUGGCCGAUUACAAGUUCAAGCUUCAAAAAGCUGAACAAGAUAUGUCUACUUUGCAAGCUACUGUAGCCAGGCUAGAAAGUCAAGUAAUACGUUAUAAGUCAGCAGCAGAGGCAUCUGAAAAAGCGGAGGAUGAACUGAAAGUAGAAAAGAGAAAGUUACAAAGAGAAGUCAGAGAGACUCAAGGCCGUGUAGAAGAACUGGAAACGGCAAAUUCUCAUUUACAGAGGCGAUUGGAUAAACUUAAAAACGCAAAAUCCGCUCUGUUGAAAGAGCUUUGACGGGACGACUUCUUGGGGUCUGUACAAUGAGUCUGCCAUUUUUCGAUUCACUGGGAACCGUGCGCCGAUGUUGCCUCACACAACAUGAGAUACUACUUAACGCAUUGAAAUAUAAUUUAUGCGAACGGAACACGUACAUAUAGUAAUCGUUACGCGGAUUUUACCAUGAUUUUAAUUGAUUUUUAAUUGUACAAUACUGCAUACAAGUAUGGCAUUCCAAAAUGGCCACCGCUGUGCAAUGGUCUAUUGGGAUGCCAUAUUUGGAUUAAUUAUACGCUAAACUGCUGUGAAAAGAAGUCGCUGUUUUAUAUUCAACACGUUCUUUUCUUUCAUUAAUUUUUUUUUUAACACUAACAAUUAUUCUGCAUUUCUUAGUAAAAGAAAGAAAAAAAGAAAAAAACGAAGAAAAAGAAGUAACAGCCUUUUCAAUGCAUUUCAAACACCGAAUAUUUUUUCGUUAAUUUUGCGAACAGUUAUGGAGUCGAUUCGUAAUAUGUAUAUUAUUUUGAGGAAAAAUAUUCUGACUCGUGUAUUAUAAAUGGAAUUAAAUAUUUUCCAUGCCUUUAUUUUUUGAGGCACAAUCUUUCAUGUUACUUUAGUUUUUGCUCAUUGGAGCUGCUGCGAUGGAAACUUGAAGAUAACCGUAUAAUAGUUAUUCAGAAUAAUUUAUGAUAUACGGGUCAAUUAAAACAUUGCGUACGUCAAUGAGUGUAAUUUUUGUGUUACAUCGAAUAAUUUAUAAACGAUAUUUCUACAGAUACAAAAUAUUUAUAACUUCUACGAGAACCGUGUUAAUAGUUAAAGCUAGAAUUUCGAAUGGAAGCAACCAAUCUACAAUAUUCAUUUUCUACUAUCGAUCGUCUACUGUGAAAUCUUGAUAAACGUUUUUAAUUUUUUAUAUCGUAUUGUCGUAUCUAAAAAAUCGAUAUUAGAUUGUAUGCCAAAUAGAAUGAUAAAGAUAACUGGAACAUCUGAAAUUGAUGGAAGAAAAAAUAUUCCUGCUGAUUGUGGUGUUAAAGUUGUUAAUGAUAGCAUUUUUAAUCGAUUGAAUUGUCUCCAGAACUGAACUUUUUAUUCCUCUGACUGAUGCGAAGCAAAAGAAAGUAGAUGUAUGAUAGUGUGGUCUUUGUACAUUCGAAAUAAAUUAAACUAUGUUGUUGAAGCUAUAUAAUA